CCGAAAGAUAUUACAAAACUUUAUUCGUUCUCAAAAACACCUUCAGCCCACUUCUUUAAUUACUGUCAAUUAUUGGUUUGUAAUUACUAUUAACAAAAUGGUUCCAUCUUCUGACAGUAAGACAACAAUUAAAAUGGCUGGCUAUCUAGAAAAGAAGGGCAAGAUGAGGGUCGUCUCUCGCUGGAAGAAACUUUGGUUUGUACUUGAAGGUAGACUUCUUCUUUAUUACAAAUCUCAACUUGAAUACUUAAGCCUUUCACCUUGCCGUGGAUCUGUUAAUAUGGGAUUGGCAGCCAGUGUCCUCCCAGGGUCGUAUCAAGAAAUCAUUGUGGCGACCCGAUCUCACACUGUCCAUCUUAGGGCUUUAAAUAAAGUGGAUCAUGAUAUCUGGUUACAAGCAUUGAUAGACGCUAUGAGCAUACCAAACUCUACUCAAUCUCGAUGUUGCACCAAGCCGAUCCAUCAUUUUCGCUAUGCAUUUAUGAACCAGAAACAUAGAUAUGAAAAUGCCUACAAUUUAAAUAGUCAUGCGACAACUCUCCCAAACUCCUCUUCGAGUUAUUUAAAAUCGCGUUAUGACAGUGUGGAUAAAAGUGACAAAAUGGUCAGAAAUGACAAGUUGGACAAAUAUGCAAAUAACUACGAGCAAACAGAAGCGAAGAGCAGUGGCAGCAUAAAAACUGUGUCGUCUCACAACGGCAGAUCUGACGUGCCAAGAAAGUCAAACAAGUUGCCAUUGCGCGACAUCUCUGUCCCAGGCAAAUUCAAAAUUACAUCUCAAGACUUGUCAGCAAAAAGUAUUAGAAGGAGUUUCAGUGUUGAAGAAGAUGUUAAUAAGUAUGGAGAAAAUAUUUAUGAGAGUUUAAAAAGCACAAGCGAUGAACUCAAAAGACAUGAUAAAAAUCACAUGAGGAAAACUUAUCGAGUGAACAGAUCUGACAGUGAUUGCCUUUCGAUGUACCCCAGAGAGAAAAUCCUCAAAAAUAUGAUUCAGUAUAAUUCAGAAAGAAGAAAAAUAAAUAAACCAGAAAAAGCCCAUACACUGCUAGGAAGGAAAGACAGAAGUUAUAAUAGCGAUAUGAGGUUUUCAUCGAAUGAUAAUCAACCCUGGACUCUUCUCGAUUGGUCAAACAGUUUUGAAAAUAAAGUCAGAUCUGAUACAGAUCUCACAGCAAAGCGAAAGGAAAGCUACAAUGACCCGUAUUUAUCGUCGAGCUAUGAUUUUGCAAAUCUAAGGGAGUUGAUAAAAGAAAAGAAAAACGCUCCGAUACCCUUGCCUAGGACUCUAAAUAAGAGGUCUAACUCUAUUUUACGCCAUUUCUCUCCUUAUUUGUCUAAGAGCAGUAGAGAAGGAAGAAGGGUUUCAGUCAAAAAGAGGUCUCUCAGCUUUUUGAAAAAAAUAUGGUGCCGCAAGGAAAGCAAUAAAUGGGAACCGAAUCCAAUGCACAACCCUUGUGAAUACAUGCAAGAAAUGGAAGGACCUGAUUCGGAUCUGGAAAUUCUCACAGAUAUGAGUGAACGUGAUUACAAUUUGAAUUACAAGCAUCCUCGUCCAGAGCCUCCUCCAGAUUAUGACAUUGUAACUGUUUCAGACGAUGAUAUGCAUAUUAUUAGUCACAAUAAAAAACUCAAUAUUCCGCCAAGAUUCAAGAAAGAUCAUAAAACAUCGACAAAUGAAACAAAACGGUCCAAAUCGCCAACGCACACUAAUACAAAGACCAACAGGCCAGUUAACUCACCAUUGCCUUCAGAUAAAUAUGAAACAAACAGUUCCUGGAGCUUGGAAGCACCUGAGUUACCACCAAAAACAUCAACUUGCAUUGACAACGCAAAAGAUCUUCUUAGCCAGGAUACCGACAACGGAAUAUCAAGGCUCUUCAAGGAAGACAUUCCAAAAAUUGUAUCUGAAUUAAAAAAAGACAGUCAACCGCUUUCCAAAAAGAAAGACGAAUUGACAGAAAUACUUGAAAACUUAAAUACGAUGAACAAGCCAAUUUUUGCGACAUCUCUCUAUCAAAAUACAAAAAUCAUAUAUGAAGAAGCUAAAAAAUUAAAGAAGAAGGAAGAAGAAAAAAAUACAAAAGAAGACCCAGAUUACGACAUCCCCCGCCCUCAUGCAUCACUCUUGCCAGCCCUCAAAAACAGCCCGAUCAUCUCUGACACUAUGGAAGCAACACGGUUCUUUGCUGGGCAGUUUGAAGAUUCGCUGGAUAUGGUCGCAGUAAGAAAAGUGAAAGAUGACUUGACCAUGGCGCCAGAUUCGUUAGAAUGUGACCCUUGGUCGGUGAGCGAAGACACUGACUUCUCAGAGGACAAUUGGAGUUAUCACCAUCAGGAACCGUUGCACACCAUGGUUUUGGACUCUUUAUAUCACGAUUCUAUAAAUCCCGUAUAUCCUUUGGGGAUUAUAACAGAUUAUACACCAAGAAAACAGUAUAUCCACUCUGUGCAUAAUUUAAGGAUUAGUUAGAGGGGGAUAUUUGAAUUUUAGAAAAUAACAACAAAGACUUUGAAUGACCAUUUCAAGACCAGUGAGUCCGUUGUGUACAUUUAAAAAUGUUUCACUGGGCUGAAAGGUACUUUUUGUAAAUGAAAAGUAACGUAAAAGUCAUGUUGAUUAACGGGUUUUAAUAAUUAAUUAUACAUUUUUUAUUUGACUUGCAAUGUAUGUAUUUAUUUUAACUAUAA